AUCCCUGCUGCAAGAGACAAUCAUGCAGGUAACAGCGGUGGUGGUGGUGGUGGUGGUGGUGGUGGUGGUGGUGGUUGAGUAUGUAGAGCGGAAUACCAAAGUGUGGAUCAACCGGAAGAAGCGGGAAGGUGUCGACCCAAUAUCCAUGGCCAUCCAAUUCCUGCUCUCAUUCAGCCUUGUGGGUCCGGCAUCACAGGUCCAUUGUUGAGUCACGAAGCCUACUCUGUACAAGCCAUGCCAUCUGAAAGAAAAGACAGA